AUGGCUAAAUCUUCGAAGCGGUCCACGAAGCGUCCAAUUGAAAGCUCAACAACUACUGAGCCCAGUCCGAAAAAAACUAGAAUUCCAGAGAAGGAUGAUGAAAUCAAGAGGGCCGAAAACCAGUCGUCCUCCAUCCAGACCAAUGAUGAGGCGACGAAUUUAGUAUCUGCUCAAUCGCAGAUUGUCAAGGUCGCUCCUUCCAUAUACGACAACACAGAGGAGCAAUGUGAUACAGAUGAUUCCAACGAAAUAUCUGAACUUCCUCCUCAGAUCCCUCAACAAAAGCAAGUUGAUGAUUCCACAACAAUAAUGCAAACAGAUGGUACAAUUCAUCAUCCACCUACCAUCACAAGAGUAAUGCAACCACCACCCGGUCUGGAGAUGGAAUUUCCAACCCAGAGCACUGCAGAUACGAGAUAUCGGUAUUUCUGGGCAGCAUUAUUCUUGGCUCUACCUUUUAUAAGCAUCAUUGGACCAUCGGCAUUCGGUUCCACCAAGCAAAUCCCAAACACCACGGAUCAUUUAAUCCCACCCAAUCAUGGACUACCAGUAUUUCGCUCUAGCAAAACUCUUAGAAGCUUUCUACUAGAACAAGAAGGAUUUCAUUUGGGCAUGGCUCCAGCAUUCUUUGGAUACUAUGGCUAUUUUGGAGCGUUGGCGGCUUGGGACGACGAACUUUCCAAUUCAUCCUUUCCACUAUUGAAACAAAACAUCAAAUCCGUUGCUGGUGCUUCUGCUGGAGCAAUGGCUGCUAUACUCCUCGCUUCGGGUAUUCCGCCCAAGGUAGCUGCAGACUUUUGUUCUACUAUUUCUCUGGGUGAUUUUGCGGAUCCUCCUGGACUCUUGACAGUGUUUCGUGGAGACAAGUUUGAAGAGAUCAUGCACAACUUUAUGGCGGCGCAAAAUCCAAAUAGUUCACUACAGCUACAGGAUUCAAUUAUUCCGGUAUCAGUAUCUGGAUAUGACUUGCUAACACUGGAAGGGAAACUACUGACUCGAGGAAGUAUGGCCCGGGCUGCUCGCGCAUCUGCUUGCUUCCCCGUGCUUUUCCAACCUGUUGGAUGGGUGGACAAACAUGAAACCUUUUUGUUUGUCGAUGGCGGACUCGCCGAUUAUGCAGGACUCAAUGGGUUAGGGGCUUUUGGUGAAGAGACUAAUGGAAAGAAGAAGCGCGUUGUCAAUAUUGUGGUUGGAGAUUUUCAAUUUGGGAAUGUGCUUGGCCCAUCAUCAAUGCCCAAAGGUGUAGAUGCUAGCGAAGUCGUCUCAAUUAGCAUUCAAGGACUCCCGCAAUGUGGGCCUUGGGCUAUGGAACGUGGCCCACAGGCUGUCACCGCAGCAAGACUUGCCAUGGUGGAUGCAUUAGAUUUACCCAUGUUCCAAGGCAAGGAAGAAGGUCACUACGAACUUCACAUUGAUGCUUCGUCCUACGUACCCGUUGUAGAUAGAUAG